AUGCCUGCAAUGGAUACUCAUGCCUCAUAUCGGACCCUCGCCUCUCGCUCCACGGGGACUUUUGAUAAACGGCAAGGCACAAAUGUUACACAACAAGGUCAUGCGACUGAAUUAAUCCUGGACAAAGGAUGCGCGGUGACCAAUCACGACGGGCCUGGUGGUGGUGGGGAUACCGGUUCUGGAAAUCCGCCGAUGGUUUCGGGGCGCCUCAUUUCUCAUUUUGUGCCAUUACGAAUGCUGCCAGUUCGCCAGCCUUUCCAGAUUGACCUUUGGUGA